UCCUCCGGUAAUGAGCCGAUUUUACAGAGAGAGACUGAGAGAGCGAGAGAUCACCAUAAUAUGACUGGGGGGAAAUUGGAUGUGUUAACGAUCCAGAGGUAGGUUGAGCACUGAAACUGAGGCGCCGAAGCGGUGCGGGAAAGAGGAUCAUUCUACCAUUUUUAGGGUUUUCUGUCUUCACAUCAGCCCUCCUCCCCAUCCUCUCCAGGAGCACCGUAGCUCCAUCUCUACAGCACGGCAGGACCACAGCGAGGAGGAGGAAAAACAGACAAGACAGGAGAGGCGACUGGGAAAAUAUACAGACAGUUGUCUGAGGUGUGUGUGUGCGUGUGUGUGUUGUUUGGUGUGUGUGUACAGCGUGUGUGUGUGUGUGUGUUUAUGGAUGGGUGUGUUUAAAGGGAGCCUGGAUUGCUGUUUCCAGGCCAUGCUAUAGAAAUAGCCCUUCUCUUCCUCUCCUACUCCUGUUUUUUUUUUGUGGGGGGGGGGGCACCAGUGCAGUGCAAUCUCUCCUGUGUCUCCAUUUCUGUGUGCCGUCUGCGGCACCGUUGGAGGGGUGGGAGUUGGCCGUCUGACGGAGCUGGUCUCGAUUGCUGUGCUGCUGCCGCCCGCCAGUGAGGGCCUUUGGGACUACCAGGAAAGCCGGGGCCUAAUCCGAGCGCAGCGCCCCGGCCGACGGAGAGGCAGGCGGGCGAGUGCCGUCACAGGCCGGCGAGGCCGUGCGGAGGAGGGAGGGGGGGGAGGAGAAGCGUAUGCAGCCUGCGUGCCCAUGGGAGACAGCGUGCCUGGCCGGCAGUAGCAUUUAGCGUCCUUUCGCGUCACACCAGGCCUGUUGCGUUCAGUCCGAGACCCAGCCUUCCCCUACCGACAGACACUUUCGCGACGCCCCAGACCGGUCCAUCUCUCCCACACGGGGGGGAGUUUCUCGGAAACCAGGCGCUGCUCUCUUACAAGACAGGCGGCCUGUUUAUUCUUUCAUCAACAUCAUCACAAGGACCCCCGCCAGAAGAAGCAAAGGGGAAAAACACUCUGAGAUCUGGACCUGCCACGCUGCCACCUCCGUCUUUGCCCCAGCCCGCCCCCCCACCCCACCCCUCCACCAAACUUCCUGUGUGAACUUGACUCUCUCUUCUUGACGUUCUGAGGAUUUUGCCAAAACCUAUUUCAUGCAUGUCCACUGGAGGCAGGUUUGACUUUGAUGACGGGGGGUCGUACUGUGGAGGGUGGGAGCAGGGGAAGGCCCAUGGCAGGGGUGUGUGCACGGGGCCCCAGGGCCAGGGGGAGUACGCCGGGGCCUGGAGUCACGGCUUCGAGGUCCUGGGCGUCUACACCUGGCCCAGCGGCAACAGCUACCAGGGCACCUGGGCGCAGGGGAAGCGCCAUGGCGUGGGCGUGGAGAGCAAGGGCCGCUGGGACUACCGAGGGGAGUGGACGCAGGGCUUCAAGGGACGCUACGGGCAGCUGGAGAGCACGACAAGCGGGGCCCGCUACGAGGGGACCUGGAGCAACGGCCUCCAGGAUGGAUACGGAACCGAGACGUACUCCGACGGAGGAACGUACCAGGGUCAGUGGCUGGCGGGGAUGCGCCAUGGAUACGGCGUGCGGCAGAGUGUCCCAUACGGCAUGGCGGCCGUUAUCCUCUACCCGCUCCGCACAUCCAUAAACUCCCUCCGCUCUGAGAACAGCCACUGCCCCCCGACCCUGCUGGAGGAUAGCACCGGGACCGCCGUCUCGCCCGCCGACGUGGUGGUGGGGGUCGGGCUGGCUGGUAGCCCCAUGGGGAGGGGGGGCUUUGCUUUAACUGCCCCCAGUGAGGCUGACCGGCGGGGGAAGAGGAAAGGCCGUUUCCGUCAGUCGAUCCUGAAUGGCCUGAAGCUGCGCCGCUCCGAGUCCAAGAGCUCCCUGGCCAGCCAGCUGAGCAAACAGAGCUCCUUCUGCAGCGAGGCCGGCAUGAGCACCGUUUCCUCCGCCGCGUCCGACCUCCACUCCAGCGUCAGCCAGGACGGCGAGCACGGCGCCCCCGUGGACGCCACGGUCACUGAGGUCUACGCUGGCGAGUGGCGCAGUGAUCAGCGGGCGGGCUGGGGUGUGAGCCGGCGCUCCGACGGCCUGCGCUACGAGGGGGAGUGGGUGGCCAACAAGCGGCACGGUUAUGGCUGCACAACGUUCCCCGACGGCACCAAAGAGGAAGGGAAGUAUAAACAGAACCUUUUGGUCAGCGGGAAGAGGAAGAACCUGAUACCGCUACGAGCCAGUAAGAUCAGGGAGAAGGUGGACCGGGCGGUGGAGGCGGCCGAGAAGGCUGCGGACAUUGCCAAGCAGAAAUCCGAGAUAGCCCUGUCCAGGAUGAGUCAUGCGCGAGGAAAGGCGGAGGCAGCUGAGGGCGUGGCUCUGAAGGCCAGCGAGGAAUGUCGAUUGGCCAGGCUCACUGCCAAGGAACUGUCGCCGUCCUUCCACGUUUACGGAAACGGUGAGUUGGAUGGUCUGGAAUGUGAACGGCCUAAAAAGCACCAGGGCGCCAAGGACAACAAAGACCACGAGGUUGUUUCCACAGGAACCGAUAGCCCCGAGCUGUGCACCCCAGACACCACGCCUCCCGUGAUGACCCCUGACCUCAGUCCUGUCUUGAGUGUGCCCCCGUCACCUCCCCGCAGCCCACGGCCUGCCAAACACUCCCACCGUCCAAGGAACGCCUGCUUUAUGCGCCAGAGUGCCGUGGAUGACCAUGGUGGAGCAGAAAUACAGGUGCUGGUGGAGGGGCGGGGAAUGGAUCUCCAGAGGGGCGGGGCUAACAAUUGGACAGAGGACAUGUAUCCCGACUGUGGGGUUCACAGCAGCCGAUCCACCACUCCAUCUCUACUGGAGGAGCAGGAGGGACAAGUCAAUGGUCACGAGCAGGCGCCGUCCAAUCACAAGUCGCGGGAGAAAGCCUCGACCACCCACAAAUCCCGGGAGCACUCUUCCUAUAGAUCAUGGGAGCACUCCUCAUCGUCCAAUCAGAAGCCCUCAAAGCACGCCUCGUCCAAUCACAAAUCAAGGGAGUACACGUCGUCCAAUCACAAAACAUGGGAUCAUACCGCUUCCACCACAAAUCACAAGGCAUGUGAGAAUGUCUCUUCUAAUUACAAGCCGCAGGUGCACAUUUCAUCCAAUCACAAAGCCUUGGAGCAUAACCUUUCCAAUCACAAGACUUCUGAGCAUGCUUCCACCAAUCACAAGUUGCCCCAAGAUUAUUCCUGCCCAGUUCACAGUCCAAAGGACCAUGUGUCCUCAGCCAACCCUCACAACAGCCCCCGAGAGCAUGUCUACUCCAACCACCACCCUCACCCGGAGCAUGUCUACUCCAACCACCAUCCUCACUCGGAGCAUGUCUACUCCAACCACCACCCUAAGCAGCAGCACGUAUCAUCCAACCACAAGCUGAGCGAGCAUGCCUUGCCCGACCCUGGGCUUGUCGGCCCGGGGGGGGGCUGGACUGCCGAAGGCACCCUGCUUUGGAGCCCCGCCCACUCGCGCCUCGCGGACCGAGAGGAGCAGGACAGGCUCGGGGACUACACGGUGGACAUGAGGCUCCAGCCCCCGGAUUCCGCCACCCAGAUGUCCCCUGGCCCGGGCCCCAAAGGGAGGCUGCGUCCACGGGGCCUGAGGCCAGUCAGGGAGGGCUCCAUGGACUCAGUCCAGAUGCUGGACACUCUGAAUGUGGGGGCGGAGCUGGAGGAGUGGCCCAUUCAUAGGGACCUCACCCUGUCCCCGCCCCUCAAGUCCCAGCCAAUUUCCUUGGAGCAGGACAGGGAGCGCCUCACGCUUAAAUCAAACUCAGGCUCCAGCUCUGUCCUGGUGGUCAUGGUUGUUUUACUGAACAUUGGAGUAGCCAUCCUCUUCAUCCACUUCUUUAUUUAACCUUCUACGAUCUACUAAGUCUUAUUCUUCUUCCUGUUAUUAUAGCCCACAUUAUAUAACUUAUUAAUACGGUUUGUCAUUCCUCCCAACUGGAGCCCGCAGCGCAGAGCAACAGUGGACAUCGUCAGCAACGCAUUUCGGACGUUGUUGCACGGCCUCUGUUAUUCUCUUCUCCAUCCAUUAGUCUUCGUCCAAACCGUUGUGCUUGCCACCAUUUUGACCAGUAUUGUGUCGUUACUGGAACAGAACAAUGGCGUCCAGAGGGAGCAGUGUGGCGGAAGCAGCAGAGUUUGUUAGUGGGCUGCCUGCGGUGGUGACGGACAGAAUAAAAAUGGGCACCCACGUCCUACUCGUCCACUACUUCGCCCCUCCAUCCUGGACUGCCCUCAUCACUCUGCAUCCAAUCACACGCAAGCCCAUGGCGAGCACACUUCCUCAUCCUCCCCGAACCCUGUCCCCUGAUUCCUUAAACCGUUCGGCCUUGUCCUCCAACUCCUGGGGUGUCCCCCGGAUGGACCCCCCACUGGGUGGGUGGGGGCGUGGGGGGGCGUGGGGGCUAUGGUUAAAAGUACAAUACAGUGAGCAGGGUGCCAUUUUGGACGAAUCCCCUGAUUGGUCGGCGCUACGCUACUUACCAAUGCUGCAAGUGUGGAUCGGCGUUAAAGGGCUCCACCAUCUUUCUUUGUCUUCUCACCACGGUAACGGGCAGUCACACAGCCAUUGCAUGACGGCGUGUGCUGUUAAAAAGUGCAUCUUUCUAUCCCUUCUUCCUUUUGCACACAGACCCACCCAGAUAUCAGUUCUCAUGACUCACUCCAAUGAGACUACUGACAGAGAGUUGGGAUCAAUGCUGUUUCACGUUCGGUCAAAUCGGGAGACUGAUAUUUUGGAGAUUCAAGGGUUUAGGAUAAGACUCAUGAAUUGGAUAAAAACCCACACUUUUCUAUUAGGUUUUUUGAUUCAAGAGUCGCAUUUCAAUUACUUCUGAGUCGCUCACGAAUUGUGUGGAAUUGAUCUCAACCCUGUCACGCAACAAAACAAGUUCUCCUAACAUUUGAACACACACGCACGCACACGCACACACACGCACACACACACACACACACACACACUGACAUACUGAAGAAUAUGGAGGUAGGAGGUUCCAGGCUUACCCCUGUGUACAGCGUUAGGACUGUUACGUUAUAACACUAAAUAUAUAUAUAUAUAUAUACUAUAUAUAUCAUUAUUAUUCAAAGUUUGUUACUUUUAAGCAGUUUGCAAGACAGAGAGAAUGCUGAGUGCCUCGUAUUUGUAUUUAUUUUUAAUUUAUUUAUUGAUUCACUUGAUGAAACAUCCCCUUGUGGGAAAUCCAGGCUAACAGGGCGAGGUGAGUGACUUUUGACCUUUGAAAAGGUGAAAGGUCAUUUCCCAGAGUGGCAUGCAUGCCGUUUAGUCUCUCUUCCAGUCGGUCGUCUUCCAGACCAGUCCACAGUUCCAAAAAGCACCAUUUCCUCCUUUAAUGCACUCCUUUGGCGGAGAAGCCAUGCCGUUUGGAGUCUCGUCCAAGUUCGUGCACUACAUGGGGAACGGACACACAGCCCGUGGGUGUCUUCUUCUUUGGUGUCAAUUUCAGACACGCUGGGGGCCCCGACGAGAUGUUUUCAGCAUGUUUGUUUAGCCUGCUCAAUCCGGUGUCAGUCAGUUUGUGAGUCCCUCUGCCUCUCGUCUCCUUUUACCCAGCAACAGGCGACCGGCACAGAGGCACCCGAGAUGUCCGCCAGUGUAAUAAAAUGAAAAAACAAAAAAUAAACGCUAGCUUUUAAAACGCUCAGUGGAUUUGAAAACUGCUGGAAAAUGUUGAUCCUGAGUUCUAUGAAUGAUAUUAAAUGAAAACGUGUUCUGCUAUA